AUGGCCAUUACCAUUGAUGACCUCUGUCGCCUGCAAAAUAUUCAGAAAGUUGAAAGUCCACCAGUGCUCAGGCGCGUUGCCUCAGACACUAAGCUAUCCCCACCCCCCUUAGUACCACGAUUUUUCUGUGACAUUGCCAUCUCAUCGCCCGAAACACCAAAACCACAAGUAUUGCAGGCCAACCUAUGGUUCAUACAGCACAGAGCUGCCUUAACCAAGGCAUUUCCGCAUCACACGCAGCAGCAACAGGUUACGCUGGUUCCAUCCGCACCUCCCAUCAUGGCAACCAGCGCUUCCGCAGUAGUCCCCCAACCAAGUUUUCAUGGUGACUAUGAAAAGGAGGAAGAACCUACCGAUUGGAUAAGAAAGUAUCAACUAUUGUUGCCGCCUUCAUACUCAGAUGCAGAUAAGAUCGCCUGGUUUGAACUGCAGUGCACAGCAGUGAGCCCGGCAGAAGAAUGGUUCAUGAGCUUACAAGCAACGGACAAGGCAACUUGGGUAACAUUUUUAGCAGCAUUCAAGAUACAAUGGCCUCCACCAGUCCAUGUGAAACUUACGGUCGCCCAGAAGAAGGAACGUCUCAAGUCUGUCAUACUGAAGGAGGAGGACAUUGGAGUCAUGAUUGAGAAGGACAGAGGGCGGGACUGGGGCCACGUAAAGUGGGCCAAGUAG